CUCUUUCGCCAUCGUAACAGCGAGGCCACGCCUAGCAACAGCACUAUUAUUUAAGCGCAAUUGUGAGAAUUGCCCGUUUAAUCAACCUCUUCAUUUUAUUUCUAGUUUUAAUUGAACCGCUGUUGAGUAGUGUUAGUUAAAAUGCGUGAGUGUAUCUCUGUCCACGUUGGUCAGGCUGGGGUCCAGAUUGGCAAUGCCUGCUGGGAGCUUUACUGCCUGGAACAUGGGAUCCAGCCGGACGGACAGAUGCCCAGUGACAAGACUUGCGGAGGAGGAGAUGAUUCCUUCAACACCUUCUUCAGUGAGACUGGAGCUGGAAAGCACGUCCCCAGGGCUAUUUUUGUGGACCUGGAGCCCACUGUCAUCGAUGAGGUGCGUACUGGGACCUACCGCCAGCUGUUCCACCCUGAGCAGCUGAUUACCGGCAAGGAGGAUGCUGCCAACAACUACGCCCGUGGACAUUACACCAUCGGCAAAGAGAUCAUCGACCUGGUGCUGGACAGGAUCCGCAAACUGGCUGACCAGUGCACUGGCCUUCAGGGCUUCCUGGUUUUCCACAGCUUCGGAGGUGGCACCGGCUCUGGUUUCACCUCCCUGCUGAUGGAGCGUCUGUCUGUGGACUACGGAAAGAAGUCCAAGCUGGAGUUCGCCGUCUACCCAGCUCCCCAGGUAUCCACGGCUGUGGUGGAGCCCUACAAUGCCAUCCUGACCACCCACACCACCCUGGAGCACUCUGACUGUGCCUUCAUGGUGGACAACGAGGCCAUAUACGAUAUCUGCCGUAGGAACCUCGAUAUCGAGCGUCCUUCUUACACCAACCUGAACAGGUUGAUCAGUCAGAUUGUGUCCUCCGUCACUGCCUCCCUUCGUUUUGACGGUGCCCUCAAUGUUGAUCUGACAGAAUUCCAGACCAACUUGGUGCCGUAUCCCCGUAUCCACUUCCCUCUGGCCACCUAUGCCCCUGUCAUCUCUGCUGAGAAGGCUUACCAUGAGCAGCUCUCAGUGGCAGAAAUCACCAACGCCUGCUUUGAACCAGCCAAUCAGCUGGUGAAAUGUGACCCUCGCCACGGCAAAUACAUGGCCUGCUGCCUUUUGUAUCGUGGUGACGUGGUGCCCAAAGAUGUGAAUGCCGCCAUUGCCACCAUCAAGACCAAGCGCUCCAUCCAGUUUGUGGACUGGUGCCCCACUGGUUUCAAGGUGGGCAUCAACUACCAGCCGCCCACUGUAGUUCCUGGUGGAGACCUGGCCAAGGUCCAGAGAGCCGUGUGCAUGCUGAGCAACACCACUGCUAUUGCAGAGGCCUGGGCUCGACUUGACCACAAGUUUGAUCUGAUGUACGCUAAGCGUGCCUUUGUUCACUGGUAUGUGGGUGAAGGGAUGGAGGAGGGAGAGUUCUCUGAGGCCAGAGAAGACAUGGCAGCCCUGGAGAAGGAUUAUGAGGAGGUUGGAGUCGACUCUAUUGAGGGAGAGGGGGAGGAGGAAGGAGAGGAGUACUAAUAAUAAAUAAAUCUGACUUAGGUGUCAUUCCUUAACAAGUACAGGAGUACAAUAUAUUGCUUGUUUUGUUGAUUUAACCUUUUCUGAAUUCUAAAUGUAUUGCUGUAGUUGUAUUUGCCUUUUGUGUACUGGUAUGUGUGUGAGGGUAUGGAGGAGGCCAGUGAGGAUAUGGCAGUUCUGGAGGAGGAUGUAGUAUAGUAUUAAACAGGCAUGCAUUCCCUUUUGUGAUAUUUUAAUGUCUAAAAAUAAAGUUUGUUUAUUGACUGCA